GUCAAACACACGAAUAAAAAGAAAGGAUGAGAUAAAUCGCUUUUUUAUUUGAUAAUUAUAUUUAUAUAUUAAUCUGAAUAAAGGCAUGAAACUGUCGGAGGAAGUUGUAAUGUGCUAUUUUUAGAAUUAAGUAUAUUCAUCAUCGUAUGUUAUAUUCUCUCAUAAUAAAUAAUAGGGAUACGUUCUUAAAAUAGCGAUGGCAAACGAGGUAUCGGCGAGUAUUCUGACACUAAACUGUUGGGGCAUACCAUAUGUUUCGAAGAAUAGAAUCACACGUAUGUCUGCUAUUGCGGAGAAGUGUGCCAGUAGAGAGUACGAUAUAAUUUGUUUGCAAGAGGUUUGGUCUGUCGAGGAUUUUAAAGUGAUAAAGGCAAAAGUGCAAGAAAUUCUUCCUUAUUCGCAUUAUUUUUAUAGCGGUGUUGUUGGAUCAGGAGUAUGUAUCUUAUCACGGUAUCCUAUUUACGAUGUCAUGUUCCACAAAUGGCCCUUAAAUGGUUACGUUCACAAAAUACAUCAUGGGGAUUGGUUUGGCGGUAAAGGUGUUGGGCUAUGUAAAAUUAAGAUUCUCAAUAUGAAUAUUAAUGUUUACACUGCACAUUUGCAUGCGGAAUAUAACCGAGAGAAUGAUGAAUACAUGGCUCAUAGAGUUCUGCAGGCAUUUGAUACUGCACAAUUUGUAAGAAUGACCAGCGGUGGCGCGGAUGCUGUAAUAUUAGCUGGUGAUCUCAAUACUGAGCCACAAGAUUUAGCAUAUAGGAUUAUACGCGGCGUUGGCGGUUUAAUGGAUGCGUGUCCGAGUAGUGCGAGUCACAUAGGGACCAACGAAUGUGCCAAUAACAGUUAUACAUGCUCAAAGUUCGCUCGAACGAGACCAGAUGGAAAGCGUAUAGAUCAUAUUUUAUACUUAGGUUCGAAAAGCGUUAAAGUUGAAAUAACAAAUUUCCAACAUCCUUUGCCAAAUCGUGUGCCGUAUAAAGAUUUCAGUUAUUCAGACCAUGAAGCUGUUAUGGCUACUCUUAAAUUCACUAAUGGUGAACAUGACAUCAGUGACAAUUUGGAUGUAACAGAUUCUUUAAAAGAAGCAAUUGAAAUUUGCGAAACUGCAUUGAAAAGUGUACAACGCCAACGAUUUUGGUAUCUGCUAUCAGCUUGUAUACUUGUUGUUCCAUUAAUUUGGUCUAUUGGGUUAGACUGUAUAAACACAUCCUUAAGUAUCGAUAUUGGUGUAAACAUAUUACGUAUAUUUUUAACUGGAAUAUUAUGUUAUACUCUAUUUAUGAGUUCAUUAUGGAAUAGUGUGGAAAAAAAUGCUUUAAAAGCGGGAUGUUCAGCUAUGGAAGUUUACAUAAAACGAUUGACGAAUGACUUACAUUGAAGCAUUGAACGUUAAAUUUAUACAGUAUUACUUUUGAAGAAAUAUUUGUGGUAUACAAAGAAUUCAAAAUUGAUCGUGCUCAAACAAAAAAAUUAAAUUAAUAUAAGAAAGUUUUUUAUAUGUUCUCUUAACACGCGACGUAGAUCCUAAGAUAUAUAGAUUUUAAUUUUCAAACUUCCAGAAAAAUUUAUUUUAAGUUUGCACUUGUAUCAUUUAACGAUUUUGUUAAAUGAAUAAAACUCAGAUUCACAAUAGAUUUAAACGUUAAAAUUGCAUCGCUGAUUAUCGUCUCUCUGAAGUUACUUUUUAUUGACGGAUUAUAAUAGUAAUUAUUUUUUAGAUUUAUAUCUAGACAUUUAUAUUGCAGUAUUACUGAUUGACCAAUUACAUGAACAAUGCAUAUCACAUCAAUCGAUGAUAUGGGUAAAAUAUAUCUAUUAAUGUUUAUGCAUUUAUGCUUCCAUUGCAAAAUUAAAACUGUUUAAUUCAGUUUUUGAAUCCAGCAUUUCUUUAUACAUUAUUGUUAUGUACAAAUCGUAUGCUUUGCGUUUCUAAUACAGAUAUAACAUACAACACCAAAAAUAAGCAUUUAUUCUAUAUCUAAUAUAUUCUAUAUUCUGUAUCGAAUAGGUUUGUAAAAGAGAUUUUCUAUACUUGAUAUUCAAUUACAUUACAUUAUACAUAU